CCACCCAAGCACCAAGCACCACAUGGCGUCCCAUCUCGUCCCCGUCCCUGUCCCCAUCCCGUCGCCGUCCCCUUACCCGAAGCUUAAGGAGGAGGAGGAGGAGGAGGAGGAGCGCCCUGUGGUGGUAGUGGUGGAGGGGUACUUUCCACAAUUUACAUAUAUAAAUUCCCACGCCCGUCGGGUCGCAGAUCUGCCCUGGUUGAUGGAGGGUUUUGCUGACCCGACUGAUCAACCUCAACCACGCAAACAUCCCAUCCCACCAGCGCAGCCGAAACAAAAAUCCAAUCCCUUCGUCUGUUACUUUUUUGGCACGCUCCUGAAUAAAGCGUGAUCCGUCCACUCUCUUGUUUGUUUUAUUUAUUUUAUUGGCCAUGUGGUUCUGGAAAUAUGUUACGAAGGCCUUGGUGUUGGCCGCGGUGGUGGUGGUGUCGGUGCAUGCGCAGGAGACGGAUGUGGUGUUUACUUUCCCAACGCCCGGCGCAAUAGUGCAGCCUGGGAGGGAUAUAACCAUUACUUGGACUUCGAAUUCCCCAGGGCCAGUAUCGUUGGUGCUUCAAGCCCCAGAUGCAGAGAUAUCAAUCGCUACCGACAUCCCCAACACUGGCUCCCACACCUGGCGGAUCCCACCGAGCACCUCGGGAGUAUUCGCCCUAUCCCUCCACACCUCCAACGGGAUCACAACGAUCAGCGAGCCAUUCAACAUAUCCCCCAGCCCACCCGGGCCGCCAGGCCCCCCUUCACCAGCACCGACUCCACCACCAGGAGUCCUAACAACCCUCCUAAUAAUCACGACCUCGACCCUAACCAACGUCACGCACACCGCCACCGCAACGCAAAAGCCGCCGUCAAUAACCGACACGACCCUCCUGCUAGACACGGCCUCGCCCACAUCGACCGGCAACCCGACCUCUGCGCCCCCACCACUAAUAACAACCGACACGGUAGUGGGUGGAGAUGGCAGCGCGCCGCCAGCCGCAGUAAUCGCUGGCGCGACUAUUGGCGCCGCGGCGGGCGCCGCAGUGCUGCUGGGUGCGUUUUUCUGGUUGUGGAGGAGGAGGGAGAAGAAUAGGGAGGGAGAGGUCAGUGAUGGCGAGGAACAGAGGAAUCGCGAGAUGAUCACCCGCGGCAUGGGUGCGUAUCCGGGGAGGCAGUUUGGUGGUCCUAGCAGUGGCGGCGGGGGGAAUCUGGGCGGUGGUGCUGGGGGUGCGGGCGGUGCGGGCGGUGGGGUCGGGAGUCAGUACGCCGCCAGCAGUCUGGGUGCGGCCAGUCAGUACGCUGCCAGCUUUAGGACCGGUGGGAGCUUGAAUGGCAUGGAGCAGUAUGCGGGCACCGGGGGCGGUGGGAGGGGCACGCUCGAUGAGUAUGGCCGCACCAAGGGGAUGGUUAAUAGGUUUUAGUGCAGAUGUGGAAGGAUGGGCGGGUGAGGGUAAUGGUGGUCUUUGUCUUUAUUGGACAUGAUUAAUGUAUACACG